AUGAGGCGAGCGGGACACUUUGCUCUCCAGCUGGAUGAAAUGACAGAUGUCAGCGGAGAAGCCCAGCUCUUAGCGUUUGUACGGUACAAAGAUGAAUCGGACAUAAAUGAGCACGUACUAUUUUGCAAAGCACUGCCAGGAAAGACAACGGGUGAAGAGAUAUUCCAGGUGAUCGACAGCUUUUUUAAAGAGCACGAUAUUGAGUGGACGUACUGUACGCACAUCUGCACAGACGGCGCUGCUGCUAUGUCCGGGGGAGUAAAGGGACUUCUUGGCCAGGUGAAAAAGGUAAAUACCGAGAUCAAAUGGUUGCACUGUAUUAUCCAUCGCGAAGCCUUGGCCAGCAAGAGAGUGAGCCCUGAGUUGAGCGCCGUUUUAGACGAUGCCGUAAAAGUAAUCAACUUUAUUCACUCGCGUCCACUCAACCGCAGACUUUUCCAAACGCUGUGUCAGGAGAGCGGCACCGAGCACGAACAGCUUCUGCUUCAUACGGACGUGCGCUGGCUGUCUCGCGGGAAAACACUACUGAGGCUUUAUGAACUUCAUAAUGAGGUUUAUGUGUUUCUUAAAGAGCAUCAGCACAGUCUCGCGGUCGUGUUCGAGGAUGCUGAGUGGGUGGCACGUCUUGCGUACCUGGCCGAUGUUUUUUCAAAACUCAACGAGCUCAACCUGUCACUCCAAGGCAAAGAGUCACACAUUCUCAACAUGUAUGACAAAGUGAAAGGAUUCACUAAGAAGCUUGAGCUAUGGCGUCAGCAGCAGGUGAAGCCACAGCUGCCCUUUGGACCCCUCUCUGACCCGCGUCCCAAACUGGCGCCCUGA